CGACGAUACCCCUACGGAGGUGAUAUAACCUACUACAUAUAUACCAGCACACCCUCCCUCCGAUCUUCAACCUCCAACCUCACCAAGACAGGAUACAAGAAAUCAAAGGGGACUCGAUCGUGUGAAGACAAACCAUCACUUAUUCACCACCGCCUUCACCGUCGUCACAAUGCCUUCGCAACCCCUUCCCGACCCCAUCAUCACAUUCGGCUCCGAUGUGACGUGCAACCUGGACAACUGCCCCGUGGAAUGGAGCAUCCUCUCCUACCAGCCCUCCCUCGCCGCCAACGUCGUCUUUGCCGCCCUCUUUGGCGCCAUCGGGCUGGUUCACUUCUAUCUCGGUUUCCGGUGGAAGGCCUUUGGCUUCAUGGUCCCCAUUCUCAUCGGCUGCAUCACUGAGAUUAUCGGAUACAUCGGAAGAAUCCUCCUGCACAACAAUCCCUUUUCUUAUCCUGGAUUCUUGAUCCAAAUCAUCUGUCUCACCAUUGCCCCCGUCUUCUACACGGCCUCCAUCUACGUAACUCUCUCACAGUCCAUCACCUACCUCGCCCCAGAGCUGUCCCGCUUCAAGCCCCAGCUCUUCUACUACAUCUUCAUCCCCUUCGACAUCGUCUGCCUCGUCCUCCAGGCCGCCGGCGGCGCCAUGUCCGCCAACACCACCGGCUCCAACAAGGCCGGCGUCGACAUCUCCCAGGCCGGUCUCAGCCUGCAGGUCAUCGUCCUGGUCCUCUUCAUCAUCACCUUUAGCGACUACAUGUUCCGCUACCUGCGGUCCGGCCGCGGCUCCGGCUUCGGCUGGCGCCUCACGGCCUUCUUCACCGGCCUGACGUCGGCGACGCUGCUCAUCCUGGCCCGUUGCGCCUACCGUGUUGCCGAGCUGCAGGACGGAUACAACGGCAAGCUCAUCAAGGAAGAGACUCCCUUUAUCGUUCUGGAGGGCGUCUUUGUGUUUUUGGCCGCGUCGAUGCUCUGCUUCGGACACCCUGGCUUGGGAUUGAAGCGAGACGGGAGGGGAGGAGUCAAGAUGGAGACUGACAGCGAGACGGUGGUGAUGGACACCAUUGAGCGACGAAAGUGAAGAGUUUCUCGGGCUCUAAAUCGUGGGGAGGCGAGGCCAAGUAUCAAUAUGGAAUUACAACUAUUUGCAUUUCAUGGGAAAUUUACUGCUGGUUUGAAAUGGAAAAUUUAUUAGACGGAAUACGUAUAUAAUCAGGAGGGAGGAACACGCGCUUGUUUUUUUUCUUGUUUUUUUUUUUCUGAUACCGUUUGAAGCAAAGAGUUUUUGUUCUUUUAAUUUUAAUUUCUUUUGUAUAGAAUUAAAUAAUGCCGAGAAUAUUGAAAAAAAGACAUACAAUACACC